CCUACACGUAUACAAAGUUAUCACCUAUAUUUUCGAUCACUUGAAGGAUUAACUUUCUGUUAUGCUGCCAAUAAAGCCAUUUUCAAGAAAAGAAUAUGCAUGCUUCUUCUUGUACAAUGAUCAUUGCUAUUAAUUUCAUGUACAAUAGCCAAAUUGCAUGACAAUAACAUUCAACUUUCUUCCAGAAUCUCCACCAUGGCGAGUUCUCUUAGCCACUUCAAGAAAAAGAAAAAUCUACCCAUUGAAACUACAUUUAGGCUUCCUGCUGAUACACCCCUUUGGCCGCCAGGUGAUGGAUUUGCAACUGGAAUAAUUGACCUGGGUAGUGGGUUGCUAGUGUCACAAAUUUCAACAUUCAAAAAACUAUGGACAAUCAAUGAAGGUGGACCAGAUGAUCUUGGGGUUACAUUUUUUGAACCAACAGGUCUAUCUGAAGGGUUCUCUAUGCUUGGAUGCUAUUGCCAACCUAACAACAAGCCACUUCAUGGUUGGGUUUUAGUGGGAGAAGAUUAUUCUUCAGCCACAAAUGGAGCUUUAAAGAAGCCAAUUGAUUACAAAUUGGUAUAUAACAGCAACAGCAAGUCUCUGAAAAUCAAACAAGAUGGAUCACAAGGCUAUAUUUGGUUACCAAUAGCCCCUAAUGGUUACAAAGCUGUGGGCCAUGUUGUCACAACCUCACCAGAAAAACCUUCCCUGGACAGAAUCAGGUGUGUUAGAUCAGACCUCACUGAUGAAUGGAUGACACACAAGUCAAUGCUGAUUUUGAGAGCAGAAAACAAGAGGUUUAGUGUUUAUGAUGUUAGACCAAUCAAGAGAGGCAUUGAAGCUCAAGGUGUUCAUGUAGGAACAUUCUUAGUAGCUCAAAGUGGAGGUACAAAUUCUAAAGCUUUACCUAUUGUUUGUUUGAAAAAUACCAAAUCUAGCUUAUCUUCCAUACCUAAUUUAGACCAAAUUGAGGCAUUGGUCAAGGCUUAUUCUCCAUACAUGUACUUGCAUCCCAUGGAAGAGUACCUUCCUUCCUCUGUGGAUUGGUUUUUCACCAAUGGGGCAUUACUCUAUGAGAAAAGAAAGAGCUCCAUUAAGAAAUAUCCAAUAGAACCAACAGGAUCUAAUCUUCCACUAGGUGAUCCAAAUGAUGAUGCUAUCUAUUGGAUUGAUCUCCCUGAAGAUGGAGUCAACAGAGAAAGAGUAAAAAAAGGUGAUUUGCAAAGUGCACAUGCUUAUGUUCAUGUUAAGCCCAUGCUAGGUGGAACAUUCACUGACAUUGUGAUGUGGAUUUUCUACCCAUUUAAUGGUGGUGCAAGAGCAAAAGUAGCAUGCACCAACAUUCCACUAUGGACUAAAGGGGAACACGUGGGGGAUUGGGAGCAUGUCACAUUAAGGGUGAGCAAUUUCAGUGGAGAAUUGUGGAGGGUUUAUUUCUCACAACACAGCAAGGGUCAGUGGGUAGAAGCCCAUGGACUUGAGUUUCAGAAUGGUAACAGGCCUGUGGCUUAUUCUUCCUUGCAUGGCCAUGCUUUGUUCCCUAAGCCUGGGCUUGUUAUGCAAGGUGUAAGAGGGUUUGGUGUGAGGAAUGAUGCAGCUAAAAGUGAGGUUGUCAUGGAUAUGGGAAAAGGGUUUGAAAUAGUUUCUGCUCAGUAUUUGGGGUCAGAGAUUACAGAGCCAAUUUGGCUGAACUACAAGAUGGAUUGGGGUCCUAAGGAAGGGCCCAAAGGGCCAAAACAGAAGGAUUUCUGGACAGGAGAUGAACGGUAAAGGGUGGGUGUACUUCUUUAAUAUGAAAAAAGUAAUGAUUUAUUUCCUCCUAUAAAUCCAAAUCCUCAAUUUAGUAUGAAGAAAAAUUUGUAAGAGAAUUGAAAUAUGAGAAUAUAGCAUUGGAUCAGGAGAAGUGCAAGCAACACAUGAUACACUCCAACACACUUAAUGCGAUUGAUUUACUUUCUGAGAAGUCAACACAUUUCUCUCAUUUCUUAAAUAAUAUGUUGACUUUUUAAAAAAUAAAUUAAUGUUAGAGUGUUUUUUUUAUCAGCAUCAAUGUUAGUGUGUUUGAGUGUGUCCUUAAAAAGAGUGUGACCCUUCAUAUAUUUAUGAAGAUAGAAAUAGUCACAAUGUUCCACUCAACAUUAUCAUGUCACAUGAGAGGUCAUGGUACUAGUAUUACUCAUAGGAAAAUAGGUGCGAAACACCUAGAGAAAAAAAUAUAUAUAUAAAUAUGAUAUGUAAUAUAAUAAAAAAAAAAUCUAUAGAUCCAUAUUGAAAAAAAGUGAGAUGUACCGUAAAAAAAUACUUGAGAUGUAUGAGAAAUAAAGCUAU